CUGAGUAAAGACGCCGGAGAAGGCAUCAUGGCUGCUUCAGAUGGAAAGAAGCGUGGUUUAGAACAUUUGGACGAAUAUGAACCAAAACCAGCCAAGCACCUCCGAAGCCUUCAUGACCGAAUGGCAGAGAGGAGGCUGGUUGUUAUUCUGGAGGGAGCGUCGCUAGAAACAGUAAAGGUUGGAAAAACGUUUGAGCUGUUAAACUGUGACCAGCACAAAAAUAUGAUCGUCAAAAGUGGCAGAGAUCCGGGACAUAUUAGACCAGAUAUCACACAUCAGUGUCUGCUCAUGCUGAUGGACAGUCCACUGAACAGAGCAGGCCUCUUACAGGUUUACAUCCAUACAGAGAAAAACGCCUUAAUAGAGAUCAACCCACAGACACGCAUCCCGAGAACCUUCACUCGUUUCUGUGGACUGAUGGUGCAGCUGCUGCACAAGCUGAGUGUCAGGGCAGCCGAUGGUCCUCAAAAGCUCCUGAGGAUGAUUAAAAAUCCUGUUUCUGACCACCUGCCUCCCGGCUGCCCUCGCAUCGCCACCUCUUUCUCCUCUGCUGGGGAGGCUGUUGGCCCCCGGACGUUUGUGCCAGACGGACCGGCCGCUGUGGUAAUCGGAGCAUUUGCACAUGGAGCGGUCAACGUGGACUACACAGAGAAGACCGUGUCCAUCAGUAACUACCCCCUCUCUGCGGCACUGACCUGUGCCAAGAUCUGCUCUGCCUUUGAGGAAGUGUGGGGCGUCCUGUGA